GCACGGACCGGAGCUGGGGAGGGACGGACGGACGGACGGACGAAGGGAGGGAGGGAGAUAGGCAGCCGGCGGCGGCCAUGGGGCUGCCGGCGCUGCUCUGCGCCCUGGCCGUGCUCAGCUGCCCGCUCUCGCCGCCGCCCGCCGCGGCGCAGGCCGGUGAGUGGCCCCGACGGGGGAUGCCUGGGGGGGUCCUGAGCCUCGAGAAGGGGGGCAUGGGGGGGUGGGCUCAGGUCAGGCCGGAGCGGAGGGAAAUAAAUGAAUUUCCCGCUGGCAGAGGGAAAUAAGCGGCAUGUGCCCGCGGGUACCCGGGGCAACGGGGUUCUGCUUUCUGGUUUUAAUUAGGGCUGGCUUCCUUCGGCCAUUCACUGCGCUGCGCCCGGUUUGUUCUCACAGCCGCGAGAGCAGGCUAGCACAUGUCAGGCUGUGUAGAGUGGUGUCAGCCUUGUUGUUCGGCGAGAGAACUGCUUUGUUUAUUUACUUGGGUAAAAGGCAGUGCCAUGGACCUGAAAUACACAGAUUUCAGAGUGACACCGUGCCACAGGUGAGGUGAUUAAAGAUGAAGAAGGAUUUAUAAUUGUCCCAUGGCUGAAAAGAUGACCUAGCAAUAGCAGAAUAUGGAAGGUGGAAAGAAGAGAUGAGGUUGGUGAGGUGUACUGCCUACAGAUACAACAGCAGCAGCCCAAGGGCCAGAGCUUUUCUGAUACCUGACCGUGGUGACCCUAUACCUAUGGAAGACAUUGAAAGCAGUGCUGAAAAUGAGUCAGAAUUUCGAAUAGGUUCCACCAACCAGACCAGAUCACCUCCACGUGAACAACGAACUGUGUCAGUGGAAACAGCAAGAUACCUCACUAGUCCAUGGCUGACCCGUUUUGUUCCUUUGGUUUACACCUUAGUGGUUGUGCUGAGCCUCCCUCUGAAUGUUACAGCCAUAUUCGUGUUUCUGAAAAAAAUGAAAAUCGAAAAGCCCGCUGUAAUAUACAUGCUGAAUUUGGCCCUUGCAGAUGUACUGUUUGUAAGUGUGCUUCCCUUUAAGAUUGCUUAUCAUUUCUCUGGAAACAACUGGUUAUUUGGAUCUCAAAUGUGCCGCUUCAUCACUGCUGCUUUCUACUGCAACAUGUACUGUUCAAUAAUGCUUAUGACAAGCAUAAGCUUUGAUCGCUUCUUAGCAGUGGUGUACCCCAUGCAGGCCCUUGGCUGGCGUACAUUAACACGUGCCACAGUGAUUUGUUUCAUCAUAUGGCUUGUAGCAAUAACUGGGGUUAUACCUUUUCUCAUCAGAGAGCAAACCAUGGAAAUACCCAACUUAAAUAUAACAACCUGCCAUGACGUGCUACGGGAAUCCGAACUUCACAAAUACUACCUUCACUUUUUCUCCAUCUUCUCUUCUGUUUUCUUUAUAGUGCCAUUUAUAAUAACUACCAUCUGUUACGUGUCUAUCAUUUGGUGUUUGAGUUCUUCUAAUAUUGUUGCAAAACAAAAUAAGAAGACACGUGCCUUGCUUUUGUGUGUGGCGGUUUUUUCUGUUUUCAUUAUUUGUUUUGGACCAACAAAUGUCCUCCUAUUAAUUCAUUAUAUCAAUUAUUCAUAUGACAACAGCUUAGAGUAUCUCUACUUUGCCUAUCUCCUGUGUGUUUGUAUCAGUAGUGUUAGCUGUUGCAUCGAUCCCCUUGUUUACUACUAUGCUUCUUCUCAGUAUCAGAGACAACUUUUCAGCCUCAUCAGUUCUAAAGGGACUUUAGAUCCUAACAGUAGUAACAGCAGUGGCCAGUCAAUGUCUACCAAUAGCAGAAGGGGUACCUGCUCUACUAAUGUAAAUAACAGUGUCUACAGCAAAUUACUAGCAAUACAGUGAAAUAAUGUCUUACAUAUGCUUAAUUUUUAUACAAUUUCAGCCAAAAAAAAAAAGACUUUAUUAUAUCCAAGCUUUUGCUUAUACCAAGUUGUACAAUACAUAGUUCUAUGGUUUCCUUACAGUAAUGCACAAUCCAAAUUAUAACAUAGUACGUGUGUAUGUAUAUGUAUAUAUAUAUAGUAUAUGUAAAUAGAUUAAUGUAGAGGGAAAAAGUAAUUUCUUUAUAAUAACUGUUGAGUGUUUUGCAAAUAAACUUCCUUUUUUUCAAACAAA